UGGUCCUGACCGGCGAGCGUGGCCUCUACGGGAGCUUCAACAACAACGUGCUCAAGAAGGCGGACAUCCGCGACAUCCGCAUGGAGGAGCUCGAGCAGCUAGGCCUCUAGUACAACGUCAUCAACGUGGGGAAGAAGGGCAACGCCUACUUCCAGCACCGCCCCUACAUCCCGCUGGAGCAGGAUCUGGAGGUGAACGGCGUGCCCACCGUGAAGGACUCGCAGGCUAUUUGCGACCUCGUAUACUCCCUCUUCAUCUCGGAGGAGGUGGACAAGGUGGAGUUGCUCUACUCCAAGUUCGUGUCGUUGGUGCGCUCCGACCCCAUCAUCCAGACGCUGCUCCCCAUGUCCCCCAAAGGCGAGAUCUGCGACGUCAACGGCGUCUGCGUGGACGCCACCGAGGACGAGCUCUUCCGCCUCACCACCAAGGAGGGGAAGCUCACCGUGGAGCACGAGAAGGUGAAGAUCGAGACGCAGCCCUUCUCCCCUGUGGUGCAUUUCGAGCAGGACCCCGUGCAGAUCCUGGACGCGCUGCUCCCGCUCUACCUCAACAGCCAGCUCCUCCGUGCCCUGCAGGAGUCGCUCGCUAGCGAGCUCGCCGCCCAGAUGAGCGCCAUGAGCAGCGCCACCGACAAUGCCAUCGAGCUCCGCAAGAACCUCUCCAUCGCUUACAACUGACAGCGCUAGGCCAAGAUCACCGAGGAGAUCCUCGAGAUCGUCGCUGGUGCUGACGCCCUCGUCGGCUGAGCCUGAGCCCUCCUGCUAUACAUAAUUCUUUUUCUCAUUUUCUUGUUGUCCAGUCUGCCUGUAAUUCCUGACACCACAAACAUAACAGAGCUCGCGACAUACACAAUAAUUUCA